AUGGGAGAGUCCUUCUACCAGGGAGUGAUGUGUCUCCUGUAUAAAAAGGGUAAAGCCAGAGCAAAGGCGAAGACUCGCUCCUCCAGGGCCGGGCUGCAGUUCCCUGUGGGCCGUGUGCACAGGCUGCUGAGGAAGGGUAACUAUGCCCAGCGCGUCGGAGCCGGAGCCCCAGUCUAUCUGGCCGCGGUGCUCGAGUAUCUGACCGCUGAGAUCCUGGAGUUGGCCGGUAACGCCGCCAGAGACAACAAGAAGACUCGUAUCAUCCCCCGCCACCUGCAGCUGGCCGUCCGUAACGACGAGGAGCUCAACAAACUGCUGGGAGGAGUGACCAUCGCCCAGGGAGGAGUGCUGCCUAACAUCCAGGCAGUGCUGCUGCCCAAGAAGACCGAGAAGGCAAAGUAA